CCUUAUGCUAUCCUGAUAUGAGCUCAGCCAUGGAGCCAUAAAAGUCUUUUAGCGGGACAAUAUCCUUCACCGAAUCGUAUAAGUUUACAUAUUCACUGCCUCAGUUUAAAGAUGACAAAAGUGAAGCCCAGGCUCUUGCCUUCUAGUUCAGUCUGCUUUCGCCAUGUCAAGUUGCACCUGCAGAUGAGCAGUCCCUGAGGAUGAAGGGUUCCCACCCUGGCGGCAUUCAGCAGGUUUUCUACCCAACAAAGACCCCGCCCCGCGGGGGGGGGGGUUGUUUCGGAGUGUCCCGCCCCUCCCCGCUGCGCUGGGCAUAAAGGGGCGCCGGGCGGGGCGCGGGUUGCCACCUGCAGGCUGCGCGCAUGGGGUGCAGCGCCAGCAGGAAGGUGGUCCCGGAGCCGCCCGCGAGGGCCGGGCUCCAACACCAGGGCCAAAGCCCAGGCAGCGCCCGAGGCUCGGGGCCCGGGCCGGAGGCGGCGGUCCAGGUGGCGCGGAGCAUGCAGGUGGUGGCUCCGUUCCGAGCCAAGUUCGAUCCCCGGGUCCUGGCCAGAUAUGACAUCAAGGCUCUUAUUGGGACAGGCAGUUUCAGCUGGGUUGUCAGAGUAGAGCAGAAGACCACCAAGAAGCCUUUUGCAAUAAAAGUGAUGGAAACCAGAGUGAGGGAAGGCAGAGAAGUGUGUGAAUCUGAGCUCUACGUCCUGAGGCGGGUUCGCCAUUGUUACAUUGUCCAGCUCCUGGAGAUCUUUGAGGCCCAGGAUCGAGUUUACGUGGUGAUGGAGCUGGCGACAGGAGGGGAGCUCUUCGACCGACUCAUUGCUCAGGGAUCCUUUACGGAGGGAGACGCCGUCAGAAUCCUCCGGAUGGUUGCUGACGGCGUUAGGUAUUUGCACACGUUGCAAAUCACUCACAGGGACCUAAAGCCUGAAAAUCUCUUAUACUAUCAUCCAGGUGCUGAGUCAAAAAUUUUAAUCACAGACUUUGGUUUGGCACACUCUGGGAACAAAAGAGGUGACUGGAUGAUGAGGACACUCUGUGGGACCCCAGAGUACAUAGCCCCUGAGGUUCUGCUGAGGAAACCUUAUACCAGUGCAGUGGACAUGUGGGCUCUUGGCGUGAUCACGUAUGUUUUACUGAGCGGAUUCCUGCCUUUUGAUGAUGAAAGCCAUGCAAGACUUUACAGGAAGAUUCUGAAAGGCAAAUAUCAUUACACAGGAGAGCCUUGGCCAAGUAUUUCCCACUUGGCGAAGGACUUCAUAGACAAACUACUAAUUUUGGAGGCUAGUCAUCGCAUGUCAGCCGACCAGGCCCUGGAGCAUCCGUGGGUGGUCACCAGGGCUGCGGGGUCUUCCAUGAAGAAUCUUCAGAGAGCCAUUUCCCGAAACCUCUUGCGCAGGGCGUCUCCUCUCUCUCAGAGUCCCGGAUCUGCACAGUCUUCUAAGUCAUGUUAUUCUCACAAAUCAAGGCAUAUAUGGAGCAAGAGAAACUUAAGGAUAACAGAAUCACCACCAUCUCUACCUUUGUAAACAGAUGGCCUCUAAAACCAUUUUACCCAAUUUUAAGGCAGAUCCAUUAACUUCAUUAGUAGCAUUAGUUUGUAGGGGCCAUUUCAUCAUGAUUAGGACACUCUAAAUCUCCAAGGACAGGUAGUAUUGUCCAAUAAUGUUGACUUUCACUUUUAACAUUUUUUGAUCUAUAAUUUUUCCUGUACCUAUAUUCAUUUUCCCAGAAAAUGUGGCUACAGAAGAUUAAUAGUAUAGUAUUAGUUACAUUUAGAUAACUGGAAACAGUAGAUAAAGAAAAUUUCUUAAGUAUUGAAUGAAUUAAAUAAAACACGAUACUGUAGGAAUAAGGGAUAUGUAUUGAAAGAAUGAUGGGCAGGGCACAGUGGCUCACGCCUGUAAUCCUAGCACU